AUGUCCGGGAACAGGCCUGCGAUCCGCGGUGAAAUCACGUCGCUCAUCCGGGAUCAGGCCGGUCACUCGACCUUCGGCGAUCCGGGUCUCGAUGACACGAUGGAGCAGAUCCGCAACGAAAUGCGCCGUUUCGCGGAGGACACCGUUGUUCCCAAUGCCCAUGAAUGGCACCUCAAGAACGAAUACAUCCCCCUUGAUGUCGUCAACCAGAUGUCCGAACUCGGCGUCUUCGGCCUCACUAUUCCGGAAGAAUUCGGCGGACUUGGGCUCGGCAAGGAAGCCAUGUGCGUGGUAUCCGAAGAAUUGUCACGCGCCUAUAUAGGCGUCGGUUCCCUGGGAACCCGGUCCGAAAUCGCGGCGGAGUUGAUCCUUUGCGGCGGAACGGAUGAACAGAAACGGCAUUGGCUUCCGAAGAUCGCUUCCGGGGAAGUCCUGCCCACGGCUGUCUUUACAGAACCGAACACCGGAUCCGACCUCGCAUCGCUCAGGACACGGGCGGUCAAGGAUGGCGACACCUGGAAGAUCUCCGGCAACAAGACCUGGAUCACGCAUCCCGUGCGCGCGGACAUCAUGACGCUUCUCGCCCGCACUAACCCGGACGAAGCCGGUUACAAGGGUCUGUCCAUGUUUAUCGCCGAAAAACCGCGGGGAACGGACGAAGUCCCGUUUCCGGCAGACGGCAUGAGCGGUGGCGAAAUCGAAGUGCUCGGUUAUCGCGGCAUGAAGGAAUACGAAAUUGCCUUUGACGAUUUCGAGGUAGAUGCCGAAAAUCUUCUGGGACAGGUUGAAGGCGAAGGCUUCAAGCAGCUCAUGCAGACAUUCGAAGGCGCGCGCAUUCAAACGGCGGCCCGAGCGCUCGGCGUCGCCCAGUCCGCGCUCGAUCUCGGUUUGCGCUAUGCCGAAGAACGCAUCCAGUUCGGCAAGGCACUGGUCCACUUCCCGCGUGUGUCCGACAAGCUCGCGAUGAUGACUGCCGAACUGAUGAUAGCCCGGCAGCUGACCUACUUCUCGUCCUGGCAAAAGGAUUCCGGCAAACGCUGCGACCUGGAAGCAGGUAUGGCCAAGUUGCUCGGCGCGCGCGUUGCAUGGGCCGCAGCCGACAACGCUCUGCAGAUCCAUGGCGGGAAUGGCUUUGCGCUGGAAUAUGCCGUUUCCCGCGUCCUGUGCGACGCGCGCAUUCUCAAUAUCUUUGAGGGAGCUGCGGAAAUUCAGGCACAGGUGAUUGCACGGCGCCUGCUUGAAACCCGCGGGAUCCAGUAG